UAAAGUUGAAAUAAAAAUAUAGCUUGUGGACCUCUUGUUUGAUUUUCAUAUAUAUUUGCAAUAUAUACAUAUAUGUAUAGUUUAUGUCCUGCAAUUAGCAUAUAUAAACUCCAAAGGAUAUCAUCUUUGUUAUUUUACAAGCUUUCCAUCGUAGCUAGUGCCAACUUCAAUCUUGCAUUGUAAUGGCACCAAUUUCUUAUUUUUGUGUGUUCUUGCUCCUCUUGUCCUUCACCGCCAAAAUCCAUGCUCAAAGUGGGUUAUCUACAGAUUUUUACGGUACAAGAUGCCCUAAUCUUCAAACUUUAGUAAAAUCAAUUGUUAGUAACGUUGUCUCCAUUGAUCCUCGCAUGGGUGCUUCCUUGCUUCGCCUUCAUUUCCAUGAUUGUUUUGUUGGUGGAUGUGAUGCUUCAGUACUAUUGGAUGUGUCUGGUGGUGAAAAAGAAUCUCAGCACAAUGUGGAUUCUUUACGAGGAUUUGAUAUAAUAGAUUCAGUGAAACAACAAGUUGAGGCUACUUGUCCCGGGGUUGUUUCUUGUGCUGACAUAGUUGCACUUGUUGCUAGAGAAUCUGUUGUUGAGCUUGGCGGUCCAAGUUGGAAUGUUGAAUUUGGCAGAAGCGACUCAACUUCAAGACCAAGUGCAACAGCUUCUAAUAAUGAACUUCCAUUUGGUGUAGAUGAUCUUUCUACUCUCAUCUCCUUAUUCUCCACCAAAGGUUUCUCCUUGAGAGAAUUGGUUGCACUUUCAGGUGGUCACACUGUAGGGCAAGCUAGGUGCAUAAGGUUCCGUGAUCGAGCCUACACAGAAUCAAACAUACUUCCUCCAUUUGCAAUAUUUUUGCAAAAUAUAUGCCCUGCUAAUUUUGGUGACAACAAUCUUGGUCCUUUGGAUGUUCGAAGUCCAAAUAUUUUUAACAAUGAAUAUUUUGUGGGUUUAACCAAUUUUGAGGGAUUACUACACUCAGACCAAGUAUUAUUUACUGGAAGUGGAAAUGGAGCUGAUUCUUUUGUCCAACUUUAUGCAAAUAAUGAAGAAAUUUUCUUUGCUGAUUUUGCUGCUGCAAUGUUGAAGCUGAGCAGGCUUGGUGCUGGUAAUGGUAGUAGUCGGGUGAUCCGGAGCAAUUGUAGGGUUAUUGGUUAGAAGUUCAAGAUUAUUUUACCUUAAUGUCAUGUUGAAAUUUCAGUUUGCAGACAAGGCUGUAUUAUUUAUAAAUGGAGAUACAUAUAUAUA